GCUACACCUCCAGCACGAGUUGACUUCAUAGCAGAUCAAUACCACACUGCGUCGAUUAAGUCGUGCGAGCGCUCAAAGCGAACGGCCUCAACUGAGCCCCUGCGAGUGGCAGUACAACGUCCAGACCAGGCUGUUCCUACUCAGUGGAAGCGGUUCAUGGCAAGCGGAGCGAAUAAGGCCGGCCUAAUCCAGUUCUUCGCUGACCAUUGGAGUUCUACACCGGAGCUCAAGGCAACAUUGGGUGUCAGUCGCAGUGUAUUCAUAACCGUGGGACAGCAGUGCUACGUGUUGCAAGAAGAAGAAGGGAAAUCGACACUUUCACGGCACCAGGUGUCCAGGUUGACCAGCAAUCAUGAGGAAGCAGACACCCGGCUGAUCCUUCAUGCCGCUGAUGCUGUGCAGCAAGGAUUCCCAGAUGUUGUCAUUCGGUCGCCAGACACGGAUGUAGCCGUGAUUGCCAUUGGCUCCGCUAGCAGCAUUCCCGGUCGGCUCAUAUUCCAGACUGGCACGCAGCAACGGAGGCGGUUCAUCGACCUUACCCAGCUGUCACAGAAGCUGGGCCCCCUGGUUUCGUCUGCAAUUGUUGGACUGCAUGCUCUUACUGGGUGUGACAGUGUCAGUUCCUUUUCUGGGAAGGGAAAGACUGCUCCGCUGAAGCUGCUCCUGUCAAGCACGCGAAUGGCAGAGGCACUGGCGACACUGGGUGUCAAUGCUACAUCGGAUGACCAGCUGCUUUCUGAAUGUGAGUGGUUUGCGUGUGCCUUGUAUGGCAAUCCUGGCCAGCAAGACAUCAACAGCCUGCGCUACCAAAAGUUCUGUGCGGCCACAUCCUGUGCUCCGCACAAACUACCGCCCUCACGCGACGCUCUCCAUCAACAUGUGGCCAGGGCUAACUACCAGGCCCACAUUUGGCGGAGCGCCACCACUGCGAUGCCAGAAGUACCGAGUCCAGUGGGCCAUGGCUGGCAGUCGGAGACUGACGGCACGCUUUCCAUCUCCUGGAUGCUGCAGCGCGUCGCUCCUGCUGACAUACUAAAACUGGUGAGCUGUGGGUGCAAGACAAGGCACUGCGUAAGUCAGCACUGUUCGUGCAAGAAGGCGUCCUUGGCUUGCACGGACAUCUGCUCGUGCUGCUCAUGCGCCAAUCCGUUUGGGGCCGUACUCGAACAGAAGGACAGCUCCGGUGCCGCAGAUGUGGGAACAACUGCAUGUGAAGGCGACCAAAACAGUGAGAGCGAGGAAAGUACUGGUGCUGACGACUUUGAAGAGUCUGACUCCAGCUCAGAUUCUGAUGAGGAUCCAGAUCAGGAGUUUGACGACUCGCUGUAGACACUGGCAACUGCACCGUCCUCCCCUGGUCCAAGCCACCCAUUGUGUUUGUGAAUUAUGGCUAUGGCUGUCAACACACCUAACCUGUUCACACAUUGUAUAUAAACUGCUUGUACAUAGCUUGGCUUCUAAAGUGAUGACGCUAUCAUCCUACAUUUUAUUCCAAUUUACAUAUUAAACUGGGCAUAUUGUCCAUGAAUUGCACAG